AUGGUUUUGGAUCCUGUCAAGGGCACAGUCUUCCUCUGUCUCACUGGGCUUGGCACCAUGGGAAAUGUCUUGGUUUUUGUGAGUUACAUGCAUGUGUUCCAAAGCACUGAGAAGAAACCUAUACACCUCGUUCUUGCUCACUUGGCGCUCACAAAUAUCAUAAUGCUUCUUUCAAAGGGAAUGUUAAAGACAAUAGAAGCCUUUAAUUUUAGAAAUUUCUUAGAUGACACGAGUUGUAAAGUUGUGAUUUACCUGGCAAGGGUGUCACGGGGCCUCUCCAUCUGCACCAGCAGUCUCCUCACUGUGGUCCAGGCCAUCACCAUCAGUCCCAGAGCAUCUGGGUGGAGGAGGCUCAAUCUAAAGACUCCACAGCACAUUCUUUCCUCGCUGCUCUUCUUUUGGAUCCUCAGUUCCUUGAUCAGCAUGAACUUACCGUAUUAUAUUAAAAAUAUCAAGAGUGUGAACAUAACUCAGAGUAAAAGGGGCAGCAACUAUUGCUAUUUUGUGCCAGAAAACAGGAUAACACGAUGGAUUUUUCUCACCCUCAUGGUCCUGAGAGAUGCUGUGUUUCAGGGAGCCAUGGGAGGCGCCAGUGGCUACAUGGUACUUCUUCUCCACAAGCACCACCACCAUGUCCUCCACCUCCAGAACUCCAAGCUUCUCUACAGAACUCCCCGAGCUGAGAGCUGCUCAGAGUGUCCUCCUUCUGAUGCUAUGUUUUCUUUUUUUCUAUUUAACAGAUUGUUUUAU